UCUGUGCUGAAAUUACUAAUGCACACGGGGCUGCCAUCAGGCGCCCUGAAGUCCUACCCCGAGAGUAAUUACUGUGAAAUAGUAACAACAUAGAAGGAACACUUACUGAGCAUUUACUGUAUGCUAGAUACUAGUCUUGCACUUUAGGUGCAUUAACGCUUUCAUUUGCCACAAUAGUCUUAUCGGGAAGGUAAUUGAAUUAACUCCCUUUUUACAGAUGAGAAAACAGGCUCUGCAGAGGGUCAGGAACUCAACCAGAGAUUCUGGUCACCUGAGGACUUUGGACCAAGCAGCUAUGCUCCAGAACCUUUAUCAAGGGGGUGAAUCCAGACCCAGGAGCUCUGGUAGCAGAGUGAUUAUGGAGAAGCUGGUGUACUGGUUCCUGGUCUUGAUUGGAUUUUCCAGUGCUUUUGGCCAGACAGACAUGCACACAAAAGCCUUUGUGUUGCCCAAACAGUCAGAUAAUUCCUUUGUGACCCUGACGACACAGCUAAAGAAGCCACUCAAGGCCUUUACCGUGUGCCUGUAUACCUACACCGAUAUGUCCCGCGACUACAGCCUCUUCUCCUGCGCCACCAGCAGGCAACCCAACGACAUCCUCGUGUAUUGGUCUAAGAGUAGAGGAUAUGUGUUUGGAGUAGGUGGGGAUGAAGUUUUAUUCCCGAGUCCCAAAGUCACUACAGCCCCUGUGCAUGUCUGUGCCAGCUGGGACUCGGCCUCGGGAAUUGCAGAGUUCUGGGUGGAUGGGAAGCCCAAUGUGAGGAAGAGUUUGAAGAAGGGGUACUCUGUGGGGACAGAUGCCAGCAUUGUCCUGGGGCAGGAACAGGAUUCCUUCGGUGGGAGCUUUGAUAAAGACCAGUCUUUGGUGGGAGAUAUCGGAGAUGUGAACAUGUGGGAUUCUGUGCUGUCGCCAGAACAGAUUAGCACCUUAUAUGCUGGUGGAACCUUCAGCCCUAACGUCCUGAACUGGCGGGACCUGAAGUAUGAAGCACACGGGGAGGUGUUCAUCAGGGCCCAGCUGUGGCCUGUGGCCCUGUCCUGAAGCCAGCAGUGCUUCCUGCCAGAGAGAACUUGUAGUUCUGGACCCUCUACCCAGACACAGAGGGGUCCACAUUGUGGACCCCGCCUUUUGCUUUUGGCUCCACUCUCCUUUGCAUAAGGGACAGGCUUUAAGUGUCUGACUUGGGAGGUUGUGAGCAAUAGUGGGAAACCUUGUCCCAAAGAUUCAGAG